CCGCUCUUAUUGGCCAGGGAACGGUGGCUGCAGGGCUCUGCUCUCCUGCGGCUAUGGGCCAAGGUUGGGCUACUGCAGGACUUCCCAACCUCCUCUUCCUGCUGCUCUGCUACGGGCACCCCCUGCUGGUCCCCAGCCAGCAGGCAACCCGACAGGUGACAGUCACCCAUGGGACAAGCAGCCAGGCGACAACCAGCGGCCAGACAAUCACCGGGGUCUUCUCUUCCCUGCCCCUGCCUGGAUAUGUGCUGCUUGACCACAGGCAUCUGGGGAGGCUGCAGAAGAACAUGCAAAUAGCCAACCAUACUCUGAAGUACGGCACCCAGGCCAGGAGGUUUGAUGUGAACCACUUCCAGAACACCACGAUCAAGCGGAUCAUAAAGAAGGUUCAGGACCUAGAACGGGCAGCGCUGCCUGCCCAGGAGCUGGAGGAGUACAACAAGAUCCUGUUGGACAUGGAAACCACCUACAGCGUGGCCACUGUGUGCCACACGAAUGGCAGCUGCCUGCAGCUCGAGCCAGAUCUGACGAAUGUGAUGGCCACGUCCCGGAAAUAUGAAGAACUGUUGUGGGCAUGGGAGGGCUGGCGAGACAAGGCUGGGAGAGCCAUCCUCCAGUUUUACCCAAAAUACGUGGAACUGAUCAACCAGGCUGCCCGGCUCAAUGGCUAUGUAGAUGCCGGGGACUCGUGGAGGUCUAUGUACGAGACACCAUCCCUGGAGCAAGACCUGGAGCGCCUCUUCCAGGAGCUGCAGCCACUGUACCUGAACCUGCAUGCCUAUGUGCGCCGGGCCCUGCACCGCCACUACGGGGCCCAGCACAUCAAUCUGGAGGGGCCCAUCCCUGCUCACCUGCUGGGGAACAUGUGGGCGCAAACCUGGUCCAACAUCUAUGACUUGGUGGUGCCCUUCCCUUCAGCCCCCUCGAUGGACCCCACGGAGGCCAUGCUAAAGCAGGGCUGGACGCCCCGGAGGAUGUUUAAGGAGGCUGAUGAUUUCUUCACCUCCCUGGGGCUUCUGCCCGUGCCUCCUGAGUUCUGGAACAAGUCGAUGCUGGAGAAGCCAACUGACGGGCGAGAGGUGGUCUGCCACGCCUCGGCCUGGGACUUCUACAACGGCAAGGACUUCCGGAUCAAGCAGUGCACCACCGUGAACUUGGAGGACCUGGUGGUGGCCCACCACGAAAUGGGCCACAUCCAGUAUUUCAUGCAGUACAAAGACUUGCCUGUGGCCUUGAGGGAGGGUGCCAACCCCGGCUUCCAUGAGGCCAUUGGGGACGUGCUAGCCCUCUCAGUGUCUACGCCCAAGCACCUGCACAGUCUGAACCUGCUGAGCAGUGAGGGUGGCAGCCAUGAGCACGAUAUCAACUUUCUGAUGAAGAUGGCGCUUGACAAGAUCGCCUUUAUCCCCUUCAGCUAUCUCGUUGAUCAGUGGCGCUGGAGGGUGUUUGAUGGAAGCAUCACCAAGGAGAACUAUAACCAGGAGUGGUGGAGCCUCAGGCUGAAGUACCAGGGCCUCUGCCCCCCGGUGCCCAGGACUCAAGGUGACUUUGACCCAGGGGCCAAGUUCCACGUUCCUUCUAGCGUGCCUUACAUCAGGUACUUCAUCAGCUUCAUCAUCCAGUUCCAGUUCCAUGAAGCACUGUGCCAGGCAGCUGGCCACACGGGCCCCCUGCACAAGUGUGACAUCUACCAGUCCAAGGAGGCAGGGCAGCGCCUGGCGACGGCCAUGAAGCUGGGCUUCAGUAGGCCGUGGCCAGAAGCCAUGCAGCUGAUCACGGGCCAGCCCAAUAUGAGCGCCUCGGCCAUGCUGAGCUACUUCAAGCCGCUGCUGGACUGGCUCCGCACGGAGAAUGAGCUGCAUGGGGAGAAGCUGGGCUGGCCGCAGUACAACUGGACACCGAACUCCGCUCGCUCAGAAGGGCCCCUCCCAGACAGCGGCCGCGUCAGCUUCCUGGGCCUGGACCUGGAUGCGCAGCAGGCCCGCGUGGGCCAGUGGCUGCUGCUCUUCCUGGGCAUCGCCCUGCUGGUAGCCACCCUGGGCCUCAGCCAGCGGCUCUUCAGCAUCCGCCACCAAAGCCUCCACCGGCACCCCCAGGGGCCCCAGUUCGGCUCCGAGGUGGAGCUGAGACACUCCUGAGAUGACCCGGCGGGGUCAGCCCUGCCCAAGGGCCUCCCACCAGAGACUGGGAUGGGAACACUGGUGGGCGACUGAGGACACACCCCAGCCCACCCUGCUCCUCCCGCCCUGUCCCUGUCCCCCUUCCCUCCCAGUCCUCCAGACCACCAGCCACCCCAGCCCCUGCCCCCUUCUCCCAGUACAUGGCUGCCUAACACUGAGCCCCACCUCUCCAAGUCUCUCUGUGAAUACAAUUAAAAGUCCUACCCUCCCCAGCUGAGUCUGUGUCCCUCACAGGGAAGCCAGGGACAGGGACAGGCUGCUCUCCUGCCUCCUGGCAGUCAAGUGGGUCCCGUUACUGGGUUUCUUCCUCCAUCCUCCUUCAGGAGCUGGGGAGAAUCCCCAGAGCUCUGCCCCACCACCUCCUGGCCCUGGUGCCUGUCUUCCCUCCAGCCCAGGCAGCCGGCCGCUGUCCUGCCACCACCGCAGGCAGCCCCUGUCUGGCCCAAGCACUGACCAAGGAGGACUCUGGGAAGCAGGCAUCCUGGGCUGCUGGCUUCACAUUUCUACCAGCAGUGGAGCCCUUCCCUGCCCUACAAGUGGCCAGGUCCCCCCAGGGGAAGACUUCUAGCUGUUAUUGGCUGCCCCAGGGGUGAGUACCUUGGAGGGCCUGCUUCAUGGAGGGUGCUCACUGGAGGGCACACACCGGCGUAGUGCUUAGCUUGGCUCCUGCCCGUACCAGCUCCAUGACCCUCUGCUCGCGUGAACAGCCUUGGCUCUCGGACAACCAUUCUAACACUGCCAGUGCAGAGGGGCCUCAGAUGCCGGAGUGUGGCAGCUGGCUGCACCUGCACAGGGAUUAGCUGCCAGCAGCCACCCUGCUGGCAUCCCAGCACACACCUCCUCACUCCCCGCAUUGGAGGGAGUGUCAUUUUGAGGGACAUUUUUAUGACUUUUAUGUGUAUGUUUAUGUAGAAAUUUGGAAAAUACAGAGAACUGUAAAGAAAAUAAAAGCUCUUUAUAUCAACAUCAAGAGAUAA